AUGGAUGACUUCGCGUCCGAAACAGACAGCGAUUACACGAGUUAUUGGCGUGAUUGGUUUAUCUCAUCACGAGGAAAUGAAUAUUUCUGCGAGAUAGACGAAGAAUACCUCACGGAUCGUUUCAACCUUACAGGCCUGCAGACAGAAGUACAUUACUAUCAGCACGCUCUCGAUCUGAUUACGGAUGUCUUCGACCUUGACUGCGAGGAUGAUAUGCGAGAGACUAUUGAAAAAUCGGCUCGACAUCUCUACGGACUGGUACAUGCGAGGUAUAUAGUGACCACGAGGGGACUGGUGAAAAUGGUCGAAAAGUUCAAGAAAUCAGACUUCGGCAAGUGUCCCCGUGUGCACUGCGACUCACAACCACUGCUCCCAAUGGGCUUGUCAGAUGUACCUUACCAGAAAUCCGUCAAGCUAUAUUGUGGACGUUGUGAAGACAUCUACAACCCAAAAUCCUCACGUCAUGCCCAGAUCGAUGGCGCUUAUUUCGGUACCUCUUUUCAUAACAUACUUUUCCAGGUCUACCCUGCUCUGAUACCACAGAAGAGCCGCAGAAGAUAUGAGCCUCGUGUCUUUGGCUUUCGCGUUCAUGCUGGUGCUGCUCUAGCAAGGUGGCAGGCGGAGGAGAGGACGGACAUGAGGAAGCGCCUGAAAGACGCUAACAUCGGGCUUGACACGACCAAACUGUUCAUUGAGGACAUCGAUGGUCAAGACAGUGAGACGAACGAGGAAGCAAUCAUUAAGGCAAACACAGUUGAAGCGCCGCCACCUUCAACCACGGUGCGGUAA